ACCCAUAUGAAAACAAUAUUUUUACUUUUUCAACAGAUCUAGAAUCUAGAUUAUUCUAGAUGUAGAUCUAGAAUGAAUAUAGACUAGAUCUAUAUUUUUUUUAAAUAGAGUAAUACUAGUAAUAGAGACUUUUAGAGUCAUUAGUUACGUAGUACACUAGUAGUCUUUAUUAGAUCUAUAAUUCUAGAUUGACUAGAUCUGGUUACUCUGGUAUACGUAAAGACUAAAGUCUAGAUCUAGAUUCUUGUUCAAGAUUUGGUUGGCUGAUCUAGAUCUACAUGAUUACAUAGACUAGAGAUAUGAAAUAAUACAGACUUUUGAUGGUUUCAUAAAUAGUUAUUAAGUAAUGAAUUCCCUUGUUGCUCUUUCUGAACUUCAAGCUGCCAAGAAAGAGAAGUUACAAAAAAAGUCACAGUGUGAAGAGAUCAAGGGUCAAUUAAUCAAAAUUAGCCAACUACAGGAAAAGAAAAAGCUGCUCGCAUCCAGACUUGUUCUCCUUAGUCAGGGUGUAAAUGCUGCAGAUAUUUAUGCUGGACCAGAUCCUAGAGUCAGAGAGCUUUACAAUAACCUUUGGGACUUAAAGGAGAAACUUUCUGCCUAUAGAAUCAUUGGACCUUGUGGUAUCACUGUUGUAGAGAAAACUACAGACCAGCUAGUAGUCAGCUUUACUUCUAUGUGGCUUCAUGUGACUGAAGCAUUUACUCUUAGAGUGAAAGUCUCAGAAAGUCGGUUAAAGGUAGCCAGUACAACAAUCCCUUAUUUUAUAGAUGUCCAGUCUCUAUUAGAGCAUUCAAAACAUCUGUCUUUGUCCCAGCAAAUGGACAACAUUGGACACAAGAUUAAUGCUUAUAUUCGGAGGAAAGGAGAGCUUGAUUUUGUCAAGAAAGAACUUGAGAGUUUUUUGACAGUGUGUGAAUCUGAUGAAGCAGUGACCAAUGUGGAACUGACAUUAAACAAAGUGUGUCAAAAUGAUAAGAAGAUGUUUAUUUAUAUAAUCUAUCCAACAAUGGACUCUCUUUUACCCGAAACUGUUAAGAUAGCAAUAGGCAAUCUCGAUGAUACCCUUGAUCAAGGUGUAAUUACAGACUUGGGCACUCAACUUAAAGAACAGCCAUUAUCUAUAGCAUUGUCCACUUUUGUACCAUUUCUGACAUAAUUUUUCAAAAUACAUUUUAAACUAAAUUUGUUACAUGGACGCAUAUACAUUAAGUCUUCACUAUCUUGUUUUUAUGUACAAUAUCAAAAUUGUGUUUCAACUUUUAUAACUUUAAAUUAAAGAAAAAAAUAUUACACAUAUGUUGUGUUUUCAUACAGACUCCCAUGGGUCAUCUGUUUGGUAAGCAAUACAGGUUACCAAGCAGAUUUCAAUAUUUUCAGCAUGAAGCUAUGAAGUACAAACUAUAAACAACCAAAAUCGGACCUCCCUCCAUGUAAAAUAGAUAUGUGCAAGAUGUUAGUGUAGCUGAAAUGAUGAGAUUGUUUUACUAUCAUUGUUAAUAUUCAACGCACUCAGUGAACUGAUGGUUAGAAAUAUAUGUUUCAGUGUAAGCCUGGCUUAAAGGAUGUGAUUAUUGGUCAAUGGCCAAUCUCUCAUUCAUGCUCUUCUAGAGAAUUCCAUCUAUUUGAUCUAAUGAAUGGAUGCAAGCAACAGAACCCCGUUUUGCCUGCAAGGGGGGUCAGCAACCCCAAAAAACCUGCAAGCAUGAUGCCUCUUAUAUCUUCACGACAUAAAUAAAACAUUUAGCGAUAUAUAUAUAUAUGUAGAAAUAGUGAGACCAUUACGCAUCGACUUUCGUUAUUGAGCUAUAAGCGGGAGACCUUAGAAAACUGAAAAAAACAUAUCGAGAAUGAUGUUGAAGUUGUUGCAUUGUUCAAUGUACUUAGAGGCAACCUAACUAUAGACUAAAUGUCCUGUUCUAUAAUUAUUCUACUCUAAGGUUAAAUGUAAAGAAAUGAAUGUGCAAAUUCUUUUCUCGUAGAUUGCCACCAAUACUAUCGACAAACCUGUUGAUUUAAAUGUAGAAAUGUAAACUAAAUAGAGAUGUUAACAUGUAAUUUUUUUUGUGAUUCUGUCAUUUUUCCAAUUUAGUUUUAAGUCCAAUGCCAUUGAUGGUAGCGUGGAUCUGUGUAUUUUUUUUUCCCCAUUUCACUUUCUUUACGCUAUUGGUUGGUUGGGACAGAGUGACAGCGCUUGAAGUUUUAUUGUUGUCGUUAGAGGCUUGAGUUAUGGAGCCUAGUCGUACGAUAUGAGUUAUAUAGAAGUCAGUUUUAUAAUUAUGUACAUGUUCAGUUAGUUAAUGUUUGAUGCGUUGUCUUCAGCUACAGAUACCCUGAUUUACUUUUAUUAAAGUUAUAUAUUUUAUUGUUAAUUCA